UGCCGCCUCUCUCUCCAACUGUCACACACGCCGAUACACCCAGAAUGGAUGAUUCCUCUUCAGUUUAAUUGGAUUUCCAACAGCCAUACAACAGGAACAGUGGUCGUCGCUCCUGCUCUCCAACUCGCUGCUUUUAAUGUCUCUGUCAUCGGGGAGAGAAAGGGGGGAGUGCGCUGUUUCUCUCUCCCUGCCCCAGACCCUCCUCCUCCUCCUCUGGUAACCCGUCCAUCUCAGAGCAUCGGCGGUGAGUUUUAUGGGGAGAGUGGCCGCUCCCUGCAGCGGCCCCGGCAGGAUCGUGUCCUUUCUCACCGCAGUUCCGUGCUUACCCUGCAAACAGCAGCGGCGGCGGCAUCAUCAGUCUGCGGCAGUGGACCGGGGCAGGAGGAGCAUGAGCGAGCAGGGCAAGAGUGCCGCGUCCACGCCAGCGAGCGGGACACCAGCCCCGGGCUCGGACACCUACAAAGGCUGGCUCUUUAAAUGGACUAACUACAUCAAAGGUUACCAGCGCAGAUGGUUCGUGCUCAGCAACGGGCUGCUGUCCUAUUACAGGACACAGGCAGAGAUGGCCCAUACGUGCCGCGGCACCAUCAACCUGGCCACGGCGCACAUCGACACCGAAGACGCCUGCAAUAUUGUUCUGAGCAGUGGGGGGCGCACGUACCAUCUGAAAGCCAGCACAGAGGUGGAGAGGCAGAGAUGGGUCACAGCACUGGAGCUGGCCAAGGCCAAAGCCAUCCGAAUGAUGAACGAUCAGUCCGGUAAGAGCGGGAAAAUUCUGUUUCCUGGCAACAAUAGGUCACUUUGA